CUCGGGUGGAGCUCGCUCUGCUUUUCGGUUCAGCAUUAUAAUUUCAGAUCGUAUGCUUUAGGGUAUUCUUGCUUUGUGGAUUGCUCAGAAGAAUUUGUGAAGGAAAUACCGGGCUUCUCCUCUUAGUUAUUAAUUCUUCCUGGGUCUCGUGCUCGGAAAGCUCGAGGAUCGAAGAAAGAUGGCUACAUUUGAAGAUUAUUGCAUAAUAACCCAGGAGGACUUAGAGGAUAUUAAAGAGACCAUAUCUUCUCAGGAUCUCCCAUCAGCGAUAAGCAUGAUCAAAGAAUACCUCAAACAGCAGGAUCUUGUAGAACUUAACAUUGGUGUGACGGGAGAGUCUGGUUCUGGAAAGUCCACAUUUGUCAAUGCAUUCAGGGGCUUAGGAGAUGAAGACGAGGGCUCUGCUAAAACCGGCCCAGUAGAAACCACUAUGCUGCCUGAGGUUUACCUUCACCCAAAAUACAAAAAUGUGAAAGUGUGGGAUCUUCCUGGCAUCGGAACACCAAACUUUAAAGCUGAUGAGUACCUUAAACUGGUUCAGUUUGAACGCUAUGAUUUUUUCAUCAUCAUCGCUUCAGAUCGGUUCAGAGAAUGCCACACUCAGCUGGCCACAGAGAUCACGAGAAUGAAGAAAAGAUUUUAUUUUGUUCGUUGCAAGAUUGACUUGAGCAUUGAGGCCGAAAAGAGAAAGAAAAACUUUGACCUGCAAAAGACACUGGAUAUCAUCAGAGAGGACUGUGAAAACGGUUUGAGAAAAAUUGGUAUAGAUGAUCCUGCUGUGUUCCUGAUUUCUGGAUGGGAGUUUGAAAAGUUUGAUCUAAAUGUUCUGCAGGAGAGGAUGGAGAAGGAGCUUCCACAACAUAAGAGACUUGUGCUGAUGUUGGCUUUGCCGAAUAUCACACUGGAGAUUAAUGAAAAAAAGAAGAAAGCUCUAGAGCAGAACAUUGGAAAAGUUGCCUUCCUGUCUGCUUGUGUGGCUGCUGUUCCUGUUCCUGGUCUUUCAAUUGCUGUGGAUUUAGCCUUCAUAGUUCACGAGAUAGAGAAGUACUGCACCACCUUUGGCCUUGAUAAGGAGUCUUUGGAGAAGCUCUGUGAAAGAUAUGGGAAGAGAAUAGAGACUGUGGAGGGUCUGAUUAAGUCAGCUUGGUAUAAAGAAAUAUGCACAGGUUCAAUCACAACCAUACUAAGAGACAUAUCCUUUCUGAUAACAGAAGAUGCUGUUGAGUCUGUUGUUAGGUUUAUACCCCUUUUAGGCACUGUGGCGGCAGGAGCAAUGUCCUAUUGGGCUGUGUCAACAAUGCUGAAGAGUGCUCUGAAUGAGGUAGCAGAAGAUUCCAGGAAUGUGCUCAUCAGUUUGCUGGAGACUGAAGUGUAAUACUGUACCACUGCCAGCUAUGUAAAGUGGUCAAAAGGUUUAUAAAACUAUACUUAAAAGUUAAUUCCUUUGGGAAGAAAAAAAAUGGUCCUGACGAAUUUUAUACACAGAAUUUUAACCUAUAAUUGUGAUAAAUAUUUAU